GUCUUUUCCUUAAUGUUUGCACAUAUUUACUUUUAACUUUUAUUAAUAAUAUUGGCUAUUCUCCCAAAAAAGGAAAAAGACUGUUAUGUUAUACAGAUAUAUAUGUUAUAUUUAUUAUACUGUAUAAACAAUAUACAUGGAUGAACAUAAAUGUAAUUGCACAUAACACAUAGUAAGCCAAGAACUAGAUCAAUCUAUAGUUUCUAUUUGUAAAGAUCAUAUAAUGUACUACACACACGCACCUUGUUACUAUUAUUUUUUUUCCAUGUCGAUGGUAUGCAAAAUUAUCUUAAGACUUAGCCAAGUAGGCGCAUAGAAAGCGGUGCUCAACAAACUCAGAGAUAUAGUCAAAAGAAAGACUUUUGUUUUAAAAAAAAACGGAGUAAUUAUAGAGGCUUGAACAAGAAUUGUCUUGAAACCGAUGAACUUUGCCACAUAGGACAGGCCUCACAACACAAGUGUGCUUCGUAAGUAAGAUUGAGAAAUAAUUUGCUUGGGUUGGAUUAAAAGGGCGACACGACUGAAUCUGGCUGACCUGUGGUCCCAUAGGCAUCAUCAUCUCAAAUGGGACCCCAUGUCUUCUUCAUCACAAACCCAAAUCACAGACCAAGCAAUUCCCUAAUCCCCACUGUGUCCCCUCCUUUCAGACUCAUCAAAUCAAAGAGUGUCUUAUAAUUAGCAUAAUCAACACACUCCCUCCAUUUCCCUUGCCUUAUUUUAGUCGUUUGACAAAGCCUUUGCUCCCUCUCACAAUCAAAGCUGGCUACCACACUCUUCCCCACCACCACUCCUCAAAUACCUCAUUCUCUCUGUAUAUAAUAUAGCCUCUCUCUCUCUCUCUUUUCCUCCUUUUUAAUUUUAUGCUUUAAUGUGUAUGGGAAAGGGCAUAUUUGGGACUCUGUGUCGCUUAGAAAAACCAAAACACAAAAAGCGAGCUCAGAGAGGUCAUUGUUAAAUGAGAGCUAGUAAUCCUUUUAUAAUUGUACUUGGGAUUAACGAAAGACUGAAUAAUCAAAGAUGUUGCAGACAAGAGACAUGAUGAUUGUGCGAAUUUCCACUUUCCAAACCCACUAAACCUCUCGAUCAAUCUCAUUAUUAUCCACCAGCCCAUCUCCCGCAACAAAAAGCUUCGUCCUCAUUAUAACAAUCACAGGUCCUUUCCCACGUUAUUUCACUUAUUUUUCCUAUACAAUACAUCUGUCGUUCUCUUCCUCUGAAUAUUUCAACAUAUUUUCCACCAAUGUCUCUUAGUUCUAUGACUUUUCUUCAAACUGUUUUGAAUUCACGCUAAAAAGUAAACGUACGUGAAGAGAACUUUAUAUCCAAUUUUAAUUUCAUAUGCAGAAAUUAAAAUUAAUCCAAAGAAAAUUGUUCUUUCAGUACAAAAUCGUGUGAGGAACACUUGGUAAUAACACUUGUGUGAGACAGUAAGAGAAGCUAAGAGAGCAUGAUUACAACACCAUCCUGCAUAUGUUGAGCACAAGAGAUUGAGUUGUCAUCUAUGCCUUACAUUAUUCACACCACCUUAGUUUUCUCAUUUUGAACCCAACAUGACACCUCCUUUCACUCCCACCAUGUCCCACAUUCCUCUCUCUUUCUCAUAUUCCUCGUAUCUCUAUCUCUUUAUAAAUGCUUCAUCGACCUCACUGAUCUUCACUGUAACACAACCACACACCAAACCAACCCCCAUGAUGGAAGACCACCACGGGCGGCGGCACAACAGCAGCUCCGGUGACUCCUUCUCCUUCCCCGGCACCCCCAACCAAGACUCAUGCGCCGACGACGGGGACGACUUCGAGUUCGGAUCCAUAACCCCGGACUCCCCCUCCAGCGAUCCCUCCAGAGCCUCCCCGGCCGAUCACAUAUUCUUCAACGGCCGCCUCCUCCCUCACUCUUUCCCGCCACUCCAUCCCCACCCCACCAUUCUUCUUUACGACAAUACUUCUCGCGCUAUGAGCCGAACCAGUAGCAAGAACUCGCAUUCGAUGGUGUUUUCAUCGCGAAGCAACAGCACCAACAGUAGAAGCAGUAGUUGCAGCAGUGCGAGGACGAGCUCGAGUGAUAGCUCGGAGCGGCGGUUGUUUUAUAAUAGAGUGUCGUCGUCGGGUGGGAUGGCCUAUCAGGGGAGUAAUAAAAUGGCUUAUGGGCGUUCGCAGAGGUGGCAAUAUAUAACGCCGAUGCCGUCUGCCACCUUGAGCCGGGACUCUUCGCUUCGGAGAAAAGGAAGGAAGGAGGACUUGGUGAACAAGAAGAAGAAGAAGAGGGAGGAUCAGAAGUGCCCAGUUGGCCGGAGACUUUUUCGGUGGAUUGUGAUGGCAUGCAGAGAGUGCCAUGCCUUGGAGCCCUCCAGAAAACAGAAAAUAAUGCUGCAAGAGCACGUGAAAUGAUGAUAUGGAUUUUAAUUUCAUCAAAUUAACAAUUUAGUCCUAAUUUUAUUCUCAAAAGCUAUAAAUGCACAGGUUAAUUUGCUAAUUUGCUUACAUGUUAGUUCCUUCAAAAUUUUGAACCACCGUACCGGAUGAAAGAACUGGCACAUAUAUGUCCUCAUUCCUCAAAUUCACUUGUGUAUUUAUUAAAUUUUUGAGAAUAAGAUUAAAUGUUUAGUAAGCUAGGGUUAAAUUGUUAAUUAAAUCGGUUCACACUUCUACUGGAGAGUUUUUUUUUAUUUUUUUAAUGGGUGUAUCAUAUGUCUCAUAUUGGAUCUUGGGCUGUAUGAUGAUGCACAUGUCGGCUUAACCCUUGAUUUGAUUUCUUUAUUUUUGUACAUGGAUGGGAAAACAUACUUUUGAUUACGAUCUCAAAGGAUUGACCAAAAGAGUACAUAGUUUGAUUUUGAGACACUGUGUGAAAGAAAAUUAAGGUUUGCAUUGAAUUGUUCUCUCACAAGAUCUGAUAAAUCAGAUAAUACUAUAUACCUAAUCUCAGCAAAUCACUGAUCGAAGUCAGGGCGUGAUUUGACGAUUUCUGUACAAGACAUUAACGUAUUGCCCAAAGCCUAAUGUGCCUUAUUUUAACAAGUACUUACUUUGAAUCACAUUUUUUCCUGUCUUCUUAUGCAUAGGAAUCACUAAUGGUAAAUCCGAGGGAAUCCAGGAUAUUUGCUAGCAUAUUCUCGAUUAAG